AUGGUGAGCACGGUGACGACGUCGAUCAUGUUCGGUAUGCUGGCGACCGUCGGCACGAUCGGCAACCUGCUGCUCGUCUGGAUGAUUCCCUACAGCCGCCCGCUGCGCAGCACGGCCGCCUCGCUCAUCCUCAACCUCGCCGCCGCCGACCUCGUCUUCUGCACGCUCGACUGCGGCACGACGGCCGUCUACGCCGGCCUGCAGUACUGGCCGUUCGGCGCCGCCGUCUGCAAGAUCGUCAGCUACGUGAGCGCCGUCUGCCAGUACGUCGCCAUCUACAACAUCCUGCUGAUCAGUGUCGAGCGCUACCGCGCCGCGCGCUGCCCGCCGCCGGCCGGCGCCGACGUGCGCGGCCGCUACAUGGGCUGCCUGACGCUGCUGUGGGCGGGCGCGUGCGCCGCCAGCAUCUACAUGUUCAGCAUCACAGAGUACAACGUGCGCGACUUCAGCUACAACGACGACGCCGACGGCAGCGGCCGCGUCGGUCCGUUCGCGUUCACGGAGAGCGGCUCGUGGCGCUACGCGGCGCCGCAGCAGCGCGGCAUCUGCUGGCUGACGCGCGAGCCCGCCACGACGCUGGCGCACACCGCCGCCACGUUCACGCUGCAAAGCCCGCCGGCGGCGGAGGAGAAGGAGCGGCGGCGCGCGCGGACGACGGAGGCGACGUGA